CUGCUAAAGCGGAAAACAACGAGCCGGUCACCUACAAAAAACAAAAAAAAAAAAAAAUACAUUGCUUUAUAAACGUUGUUGCAUUUAUUUAUGCUGUGAAGUCUCGCUCAGAGUACCAGUGCGGAGCUUUGCAAAUUACUUUUGUUUUUGUAAUAAAAUGAAUCGCUGCUCUUUGUUACUUUGCUUAUCAGCUUUGCUGCGUGUUGGGGUAGCAGUGAGCACAGCGGCGUCGGUGUGUUCGUGUGAUGCUGAUAAUAUGACCGAUGUUUACAAUUUUUAUGCAAAUGUCGUACGCAAAGUGCAACAUGAUGUGGAUUUGUUGAGUGCUGCCAAUUCGGAGUUGCGCGUGCGCUUGGAAGAUCUCAAUGAGCGUUUGAAUGAUCAGCGCGAUGUGAUGUCGGAGUUGCGUGCAAAAAUUAACAACACGCCUUCGCGCGUCAUCUAUGAGAAAGAUGAAAUUCAUUUCCCCUCAACACCCAAAAUAGAUGUGCGUAACAUUUUUAAAAUACCUGAAACCACAGACGGAACAGUGGAUACAUGCUCCGGUGGUCAACGUUUGCCUCAAAGUUGUGCCGAGGCCACAGCCAAUAGCCGUACAAGCGGUCGCUAUACCAUUCAAGAUGAUUUGGCAGGACCAACACCCUUCUGGGCAUCUUGUGAUGAGGAGCUUUACGGUGGCGCUUGGACUGUUAUACAACGUCGCGUUGAUGGCAAAAUCGACUUCUACCGCAAUUGGUCCGAGUAUAAGGAGGGUUUUGGUAAAAUCGAUGGCGAGUUUUGGAUUGGCCUCGAUCGCCUCUAUGCCAUGACGACGCGUAAUGCGCAAGAACUCCUUAUUAUUAUGGAGGAUUUUGACAAUGUGCGGCGUCAUGCCAGUUACGACGAAUUCGCUAUAGGCGAUGAGAGCGAGGCGUAUGUACUGAAGGUUUUGGGAAACUUUAGUGGUGAUGCAGGUGAUUCGCUGACUGCACACGUAGCCAACAAGUGGAGCACACCCGAUCGAGAUAAUGAUCGCGACAAGGAUAAUUGUGCGCAGCUGUACAAGGGCGGUUGGUGGUUUGAAAAUUGCCACUUGAGUAACUUGAAUGGUCUAUACUUGCGUGGUGCUUAUCCGCAAGAAAAAUUUGCUCAAGGUAUUGUUUGGCAUGCAUUUCGUGGUUACAAUUACGCAUUGAAAUUUACGCAGAUGAUGAUAAGACCGCGGAGAAAGUGAAAACUGGCAUCAUUGGUGUACUUAAACAA